CGGGGAAGCGUGUAGGUUCGGAUGGGCAUGAUGUAGGCGAGCAGUCGGCCUAUUGGGUAUGCGAUGAGACUGUCAUGAAAGACGUGUUAGCUAGCUUGUUCGUCGUUGUUGUGCGAGUUGGCAUUGUCAUGGUGUUUGACAGUGUGAUGGUCGGUGUCGAGGUCGGGGACAGGUCAAUGUGGUACGCAAAGGAUGGCAUAGGAGACGAUGAGCCGGUAGGGGUUUCGGAAAAUGAAAAACGUAUUCAUGCCACUCCCCAAGAUCGUCAAUAG